GAUAUCGGAGUAUCUCUUCUUGCGAAGCAGGUGCGGCAGUACUCUAGCACCGAACUUUGUGUUUCUUUUUCUCCAGUACAUCUAGUAGGCAAAGUCAAAUCUGAGACACUUUGCGAUCGGCUCGUCUGCUAAUUUGUCAGAGUUGCAUGGAUAUAAGCAAUGAGGAACGUGGUGUGACAUCUUCAUUAUUAGGAAAGAGAGGGAAUAAGAUGUUUCCUCUUGUUUAAAACGGGGCUUGUGUUUCUUACAACACCGGGUGUAGAUCAUGCGGAAGUUUGGGUGCAACAGCAGACACAACUGAAAAAAAAAGAUCUUAUUAUGAGAAUCCGUGUGUGAAGACGUGAUUGAGAUUGAAAUGUUGUUUUUGAGAAUCGAAUAGACUCAACUGUUCAUAAUAAUUUUACUUGUAUAUAUGGAAUCGAAAACAGACAUUGCUUUCUAAAUAUUAAAUAAACAUAAAAAUACAAAUACAAAAAGCAUGUAAAUAAAUAUUCUGCUUUUCCAUUGAACUCCGGUACUUGUGACUUGUGUAGAUGUGAAAAAAAAAGUUAUGCAUAUAGACUAUUUGUAUUUCUUACCUUAUCUAAAAUGUAUUUUUUUUAUUUCUGAAAAAUUUGUAUAUGUGAUUCAGCAAUCUGUACAUAGACAUGAUGUUGAACUGAGUAUUUGAGAUAAAAGCAGCUAAGACAGGCAGAUAGUUAAAUCCGACGGAUACUCUAACACCGUUUGGGGCGAUGGAAACGCUGGAAGAUUUAGCGGAUCCUUGGAGCCACAUAAACAUUUCAUCAACAGGCAACUCAUCUGCCUCAGACCUCCCGGUGUCCGUGAAUGAGAUCAUGAUCACUUCUGUGCUCGGGACCGUCCUGGCCGUCAUGUGCCUGGUCGGGGUAGCCGGUAACGUUUACACGCUGGUGGUUAUGAACAUCUCCGUGAGGGUGACCGGAUCCAUGUACGUUUACAUAGUCAACCUGGCCCUGGCCGACCUGCUCUACCUGUCCACCAUCCCCUUCGUGGUGUGCACGUACUUGGUCAAGGACUGGUACUUUGGGGACAUCGGAUGCAGAAUCCUCUUCAGUUUGGACCUCUUAACUAUGCACGCCAGCAUUUUCAUUUUAACGGUAAUGAGCUCGGAGCGGUACCUGGCUGUCGUGAAACCUCUGGACACUUUUGGAAGACCGAGGGACUACAGAAGGACAAUUACCUGCACGGUGUGGUUGGUGUCUUUUCUUCUUGCCCUGCCUACCAUGAUAAUGAUUGACCUCAGAACGAGCACCCGAAACGGGGUGGUGAAGCGCAUGUGCCACCCUACCUGGCAGAUGGAAGCCUAUAAGGUGUACCUUACGAUCCUGUUCAACACCUGUAUCCUCGCUCCGGGCUUUAUCAUUGGAUACCUCUACAUCAGAUUAGCCAGGACUUACUGGAUGUCGCAAACGACGGUCUUCACGACGAAGGAAACGCAACGGUGUCCCAAACAGAAGUUGCUUUACAUGAUCUUCAGCAUCGUCCUCACCUACUGGACUUGCUUUCUGCCGUUCUGGGUGUGGCAACUGCUCAGUAUCUACUACUACAAACCCGAGAAUCUGUCUCACAAAACCGUGGUUUAUAUCAACUUUAUAGUGACCUGUCUAGCCUACAGUAACAGCUGCAUCAACCCCUUCCUUUACACGCUGCUGACGAAGAACUACAAGGAGUACCUCAAGAGCAGACCGAAGAGCUGCGUCGGUUCCAAGAGGAAAUCUACCAGGCAUUCUUCGCAGAGGUCUGUGUCUUCAGGCAGCCACCAGUACACCGAGACCCUGACUAUCACGAGGCUCGAAGGCACCACGGAGGAAGCCUCCAGCCUCUAGCAGUUCCACUCAGAAAGCCCUGGUAAUUCAGAAGCUUAUCACCUUCAUUGCUUGUUACCUGCAUGACUUUUGGAAAGGAUCCAGCAAAAGUAAAGUUCCAUGACCCUUUUCCACCGCCACGAACAGAGCAAAUAGUUCUGAAUACAUUCUGCCAGCAGGAAUGACCUUUGUGAGAUUAAGAUCCCAUGAUGCAAUCCUGGAGUCCACAGUGCUGACUGGACUUUGCUGAAUUAGGUGGACUUGCAUUUCAACAUCACUCACUGUGCGUGUGUGUCUUGUGUUACCACAUCAGUCUUGAGGUCUGGUAACAAUAGAAUCCAAACAUGUUCCUUCCAUUUAUGAGGAGCAUGUGGAUCAAGAGUGCAUUCUUUAAAAAGUUCCUGUCUUUGAAAGAUGUAAACCAAUUCCAGUGAAGGAGAAAUUAAUUGCUCUGGAUUCUGUCAACCAGCCUGGGGCACCUGGUAUUGUAUCUGUUUAUAUACAGCCUGUGCACAAAAUAGACAGCAGGUCUCAGCCUGGAGGCUACAUAACUCCUUUGAUUUCAGUCAGCAUGCCCUUUGCCUUGUUUGCUGCAUGAGGAUUUUGAUUCAAACUCAAGAUCAGGUGCUGGCUGAGGUCAAGCAAGUGUGUGCGAAUGUAAGAAAUGUAAAAAGAAUACAAAUGCAUCUGUCAGAAAUGUAGCAUAUAGAUGAUCCAUUUCUAUUGGAAAUGUGCAUUGGCAAUGCUAAAUACUCAUGUUAUACACUUCAGUUGGACAGAUUUGUCAAGUUGCUGACUUUUGUCACAAUUUGUCUGUGAAAGGAAACUAGUAACAAGCAAAGUAUAUGUACACUAAAUUGAAUGCUACUAGUUUUGAAAAAUUAGCAAAGAAAAAGUGGCAUAAAGACUCUGAGAUAUACAACAUGUCUUCUUUCAAAUGCAAUUAUUUUUAUAGUCUUAAAUAUUCAUAACCAGCUUGUUUUAAAUGUUGCACUUAAUGCCCGUUGCAUUGAAAAGUUGGCAUGGUAUAAACUGUAGCUGACGUAAUGGUAGCAUUUAUGUAGAUUUUUAAAACUGGCAAAGAAAAGCACAACCAGCCAGGGGAGGUUGUUUUAAUGUGAAUCACGGCUGUGGUAGGUAACUUAAAAUAACCUUUACUGUCUAAGCAUCACUUGCUAUGGCCUGCACUGGUAAACAGGGUCAUUCAAAGGGCAAUCUGUAUAUUAUCUGUCCCAUGGCUUGUGUUAUGGGUUGUGUAGUGUCAAUAGCCAUGUGAACUAGGGGCAAAGCUGUAGCACAUGUUUUUAGUCAAAGCUUGUGCUGCAGAUUUGUUUUAAUGACAUCCGCUAAUGCUGUCCGCAGCCUUAGAAUGAUGGAAACCAUGCAUUCAAUGGGAUUUGGCAAGUGCCCAAUCCAAUCAAGCUAUCAUCAUUUAUUAACUGACGCAUACAAAGCUUUUUGGGGGGUUUGCAGUGCAAUGCAGUGUGGUAUCAUAAUCAACGCAAACAGCUGCUGUUCUUCCAUUGCUUGACAAUCAACAAUAUUAGAGCUUAAACAAAUAAAAGAUCUUUGUAUUUUUGUUUGUUGUACCACAAGGGGCAAUCAUAGUAAUCUGAUAAUGCCUUAACUAAUGUCCAGUGUGUGUGGGUACGGGAGUAGGUGGGGCAUUGAGCCGAAAGAA